CCUUCAUGCACUUCAACAUUGUGUAUUUAAAUAUUAAUAAUUGCUUAAAUAAUAUGGUAGAAAGUUAUAUUUUUGUAUUAUUAUUACUUAAGUUUUAUCUGUAUUAGAUUGAUAUAAUUCAAAAUUUGAUAUAAACUGUUGUAUGUUUGUUAGAUUGUUAAAUCAUUUUAAUGUUUGUGGGUUUAUAAUAAUUUCGGUACUUUGUAAUUUAAUUACAAUUGGAUGGUUAGAUGAAUUAAAUAUAAACUCAUUUUCUAUAUAUAUAAAAGGAUAAGCAUGAUGCCUUCCUCCAACUAAAACUCGCCGGCAGCAUUCAUCGUCUGUACCUUAUUGGAUUGAUCACAGUCAAAGUUCCAAAAAACUUGUAAGCAAAAACAUGGCUCUAACAGGCAAACUAAAAGCUGAAGUAGAGGUCAAAGCCCCUGCCGACAAGUUCUUCAGCAUCGUCAGGAGUGAAAGUCAUCAAAUACCAAAUGCUACAUCUGACAAAAUACACAAUGUUGAAAUGCAUGAAGGUGAUUGGGAGGCUGAUGGCUCUAUCAAGCUCGGGAAAUAUACCGUUGGUAAGAAAACAUUGAUCCAACCGUUUUUAAAUACGAAACAAGUUGAACAUAUAUUAUAUAUUGAUUUCCUAGUUUUUAGUUCAGUCCGAAUUUCUGAGAAUGUCUCGGAGACCAUAGAAGCUGUUGAUGAUCGAAACAAGUCAGUCACUUGCAACGCAUUGGAUGGUAAUGUGGCGAAAUAUUACAAGACUUUCAAGGGCACUGUUAUUGUUACGGCUAGUGGUCAGGGAAGCUUGGUGAAAUGGACUUUGAUAUACGAAAAGCAAAACCAGAACGUCCCUGAUCCUAAGAAAUACUUGGAGUUUACCACCCUGUAA